AAAUUGAAAAUGAAAUCAACCCACUUGUUGCGCCGAACCUGGGAUCUGGCAAGUAGCAACUAGCAAGGUCUACCAAUGCACGCGCCACCUCUUCCAGUUUCCACUAUUCCCUUCCAAACCCUAAUUUUACUCCAAUUCUCCGUUUCACAUUUGCAAUUUUUGAUUCCAAGACACCCCAAAAUAUAAAUUAUUAGGAGCAUAUACGUUUUUGCUUUCUUUUUUGCUGUUGCCCUUCCUGUGUUGCAUAACACAACCUAUUCUUUUACCACUGUGAUACCCAUUUGAUUACUAAGCAAAAUACAACUACUUUCUCAGUUUAAUUGAGUUCAUUUACAGUUCUUUGCAUCAAAUUUUGAUUUUGAAUUGGUGAGUGUUUUUGUUCUGUUAUGAGUGAUGAUGGCACUCGAAUCUUGGGUUCUCAGUCACCAAGUGUUCACCUCCAGUUCCAGAUUGUUUUACCCUGCGCAUGAGAAUCGGCGAAAGAGCUUACCAAUCAAAGUUUUGGGUAGAAACACUAGAUACCCAUUUCCCUUUGUGCCCAAUUGUGUUGCUCCAUCCACUUUUGCAAGGCUUCAGGCUUCAAGUUUUGGAACAGAUGCCAAGUUACUAGAUAGAACUAAGUUGAGGUGUUUAGGUAGUAGCAGCGAUUGUUUGAGCGAUAGAAAUGCCGUUUCCAAAGCCAAUUUGAACUUUAUACAGGAAUUGUUAAAGAGGGGAAUCAUCCUGGCUGCAACUGUUUGUGGGGUAUUGGUGUUUGGAUGUUCACGAGUUUUCGCCGUUGAAGGGGUUGCGAAUGCAGGAUAUGGUGUUUUUGGACAGAGCAUUCUUUUGCUUACGAAUACAUGGCCUAAAGUGUUGCAAGUUCUUCGUAUAUUUAAGGAGCAAGGUUUGGUGCUGGCAGUGCUUUUGGGCCUUUCAGCUUUUUUCUCGAUGGCAGAGACUUCAAUCACUACACUUUGGCCUUGGAAGGUUCGUGAGUUGGCCGAAAAGGAGCCUGAAAAUGGCGUCUUCAGACUACUCCGAAGUGAUGUUACUCGGUUCCUUACAACAAUACUUAUUGGCACAACGGUGGUCAAUAUUGGGGCAACUGCUCUGGUCACUGAAGCAGCAACUGCUAUGUUUGGUGAAGCUGGUAUCAGUGCAGCAACAGGAGUGAUGACUGUUGCCAUUUUGCUUCUCACUGAAAUCACUCCAAAAAGCAUAGCUGUUCAUAAUGCCACAGAAGUGGCUCGGUUUGUGGUCAGGCCAGUGGCAUGGCUUUCCUUGGUGUUGUACCCUGUAGGAAGAAUUGUUACCUAUCUUUCAAUGGGGAUGCUGAAAUUGCUUGGCCUAAAAGGAAGAAGUGAGCCAUAUGUAACUGAAGAUGAGCUAAAAUUGAUGCUAAGAGGUGCAGAAUUAAGUGGGGCAAUAGAGGAGGAAGAACAGGAUAUGAUUGAAAAUGUGUUAGAGAUAAAAGACACACAUGUCAGAGAAGUUAUGACGCCUCUUGUUGAUGUUGUUGCAAUUGAUGCAAGUUCAAGCCUGGUAGACUUUCAUCACUUGUGGGUCACACAUCAGUACUCAAGAGUACCUGUUUUUGAGCAACGUGUUGAUAAUAUAAUGGGUAUAGCUUAUGCAAUGGAUCUGCUGGAUUAUGUUCAAAAGGGUGAGUUGCUAGAAAGUACUACAGUUGGAGAUAUGGCUCACAAGCCUGCUUAUUUUGUACCUGAUUCAAUGUCUGUUUGGAAUCUUCUUAGAGAGUUCAGAAUCAGGAAGGUUCACAUGGCAGUUGUUCUUAAUGAGUAUGGUGGAACUGUGGGGAUCCAAAAUCGUUGUAAUAAAACCAAAAGUCUUUCUGGUUACAAGAUUGUAACUCUUGAAGAUGUUGUUGAGGAAAUUGUUGGUGAAAUCUUUGAUGAAAAUGACUCAAAGGAGGAGAUACAGAAAAAAACUGGCUACAUAGUAAUGCGAGCUGAGGGUGUUUUUGAUGUGGAUGCAAACACUUCCAUUGAUCAGCUCUCUGAAGAUUUGAACAUCAAGAUGCCAGAGGGUCACCAAUAUGAGACGGUAUCAGGCUUUGUGUGUGAAGCAUUUGGAUACAUUCCAAGGACAGGUGAGUGCAUCAAAGUAGUUCUUGAAAGGGAAGAUGAAGAUGAUAACAAUGAGUCCAAUGCUGACCAGCAAGAUCAGAAGGAGAAGAACCAGAUUUUCAAACUUGAGAUACUAGCUGGAAAUGCCAGAAAGGUGAGCGCUGUUCGGUUUGAACGCAUAAAUAAUAAUGAUGAAAUGUUGGAGACUAAAGUAACUCGCAUGGUCCCCAAAAUCAUGAAAAGAAAAUGGAGCAGUGAUGAGAACUCGGACAAUGAUGCAGAAUAUGACGGAGAUACAUUUGCAAAGAGACCACAGGAUGACAUUCCUAGUGAAUAUUUAGUUGAUCAGGAAAAUUCUAACAGAGGUUAAGUUUGUUCGUUCUUCAUAUUUUUCUCCUUUCUUUAUACCUGGCAUGCUUUGGUGCCAUUUUUGCAACAGCCUAUGAGAUGGAAAAAUUGAGAUACAUGUACAAAAUGAGAAGCAAUGAGUUCAAGCAUGUAAAACCUUGCAAAAGACGAAUUAGAGGCAUCUUUGCUAACGAAAGUCUUUAAAGAUUUGGUGUAAUAAAGAUGUCAGGUUUGAUCAAAACCAUAA